AUGGGUGAGAAUAGCAGGAAGUCCUCGACAUCGGGCGCCGCCGCCAAGAACAAUGUCUUCAAGUUCAAUACGAACGUGGGCCAGCACAUUCUCAAGAACCCAGGCAUAGCAGACGCCAUCGUGGACAAGGCCAACCUCAAGCCCACCGACACGGUCCUCGAGAUCGGCCCGGGAACGGGCAACAUCAGCGUGCGCAUCCUGGAGAAGGCCAAGAGGCUCGUGGCCGUCGAGCUGGACCCGCGCAUGGCGAGCGAGAUCACAAAGCGUGUCAUGGGCACCCCGAGCCAGAAGAAGCUCGAGGUGCUCCUCGGCGACGCCAUCAAGCUCGACUUCCCACCCCACGACGUGUGCAUCUCCAACACGCCCUACCAGAUCUCCAGUCCCCUCGUCUUCAAGCUGCUGAGCAUGCCGAACCCACCGAGGUGUUGUGUCCUCAUGUUUCAGAGAGAAUUCGCCCUCCGCCUCACCGCCCGCCCCGGCGACCCCCUCUACAACCGUCUCUCCGUCAACGCCCAGUUCUUCUCCAAGAUCACCCACAUCAUGAAGGUCGGCCGGCAAAACUUCCGCCCCCCGCCCCAGGUCGAGUCCUCGGUCGUGCGCAUCGAGCCCAAGCUGGGCAAGGACAGGCCGGCCGUCAGCUGGGCCGAGUUCGACGGCCUGCUGCGCAUCGUCUUCAGCCGCAAGAACAAGACCGUGCGCGCGAGCUUCGGCACCAAGGAGGUCCUCGCGCUCGUCGAGAGGAACUACAGGACCUGGUGCGCGCUGAACAACGUCCCCGUGGACGAGACCAUCGUCGAGGACGGCGGCGGGGACGUGGUGGACGAGGACGCGAGUAUGGAUGUGGACGGGCAUGACGGCGACGGAGAGUGGGGGGGGAUUAUGGAUGUUGAUGGCGCUGCUGAAGACCAGGAGCUGGAAGACGAGGAGGACAACGACGACGACGACGACGACCUGCCUGCGUUCUUCAAGGAACAAACUGCAACCCACACGGCCAAGACGCCCAGCAGGAGGAAGAAAACCAAAGUCGCGGAGCUCGUGCGAUCCAAGGUCACGAGGGUCCUGCAGGGCACGGACAUGGCGGACCAGCGUGCGGGCAAGCUGGAUGAGAACGCGUUUUUGAAGCUUCUCUAUGCGUUCAACAAGGAGAACAUACACUUUGCGUAG